ACGAUGAUUUCCGAUUGACCGCGGAAGUGGUUAAUGGUUACCAUAGUAAAGCCGCUAUUUUGACCCCGUAAAGAUGGCCGGUAAGGUAACGUUUUUUGAUACGAACUUAAGUUUUCCUUCUAAUCGCAACACACAGGGAUUUCAGUCCGCCUCGCCCGAUACAUCAAGGUUAGUCCCUCAGUCAAAGUCACAGCAUGAGCUGGACGGUUCCGCGCAGGCGCAGGAUCAGAUCAGUCGCUGCUAUGAGAAACUCCGAUCUCUGAGACCGUCUGAUAGUGCGACUCUGAAAACCGAGCUCAAUUUACUGUUCGACCAGCUCAUCUCAGAAAACUACAGCAGCAGCAACCAUGACAACAUUCACCCAGAGGUUGUUUGUGAGAUGCUUAUGCAAGCAAGCCGUCUGGUUCCUCUCAGCCAAGAGCAUCUCUUCAUCAAAUUGUGCCAAUUGAUUCAUCAACUUCUAAACCAGCUCCAGGUAAUAGUGGAUGAGCACACACUUGAUGUUUUGGUGUCGUACUGCUCACGUGCUCUGCGCACGUGCAGCUCAUGGACUCACCCGGAUGUGUUGCUUGCCCUCUCGUCACUGGUCUAUGGCAAUGGAUCCAAAUGUCAACGGCAUCUUCCAGAACUCCUUGGAUUGAGUGGUAUUCUGGUGAGCUACGGUGACCCCGUUCAGCCCGACAUAGAGCUGCGCCGUUCUGCUGUGCAUUGCAUAGCUAAUCUGUGUCUCAGUGUUCCCGGUCAGCCGUUUUUAGAGGAGCCAUAUAAAGGUGUAUGCUAUGGAAUCCUCCUGCGGACACUGCAGUCUCCCAAACCAGCUGAUGUGGAGGACAUUGUCUUCUGUUCAUUAUUGCAGAGUGCUCUGAAGGGAAUGCAGUAUUUUCUCAAUGGUGGAAAAUGGAAAGCCAUUCCAAACCAGGAUCUGGGCACCUUAUUGGCUGUGCUCAAAAGAUUCAUGUUCUACGGGCUGCCAGGAAUGAGUGUGGAGAUGCCACAGGUGUUGUACCCCGCUCCUCUCCCUCAGUACGAGACUGUUUCCGCUGCAAAACCUGAACCCUCACAAGACUCAACUGUGCAGAAAAAAACUGCAGGGUCCCAACAGAACAAGAAGCGUAAGUCUCGUGGGAAAGGGAAGAAAGCUGGAGCCGAGGGAAAGAGAGAUGCUGAGGAAGGAGAGGGUGAUGAGGUUAAAUCUGGAGAUCAGAGUGGUUGGUCUCUCGGCUCUCAGUCCUCGAGUGUUACUUCAGCGUCAGGAGUGACUCCGCAGCUCUACCCUUCCUGGAAGAAGGGGAGCUCCGACUCUGAAUUCUCCGACCCUGAGGGAGGAAUGCAAUCCAAACUCAGGUUGUAUCAAGCACGUGUGCGGCAGAGUGCGCUUCAGUGCUUCCUGGCUGUGGUCAAGUGUGUUGAGAAACGAAUCCUCUAUGGCUACUGGUCUUCCUUUGUUCCAGAUGCUCCUGGGAUUGGAGGCCCUCCUCCUCUUACCCUCCUGACCAUAGCCCUAAAGGACCCCUCCCCAAAGGUGCGAGCAGGCUCUCUGCAGGUUCUGUCUGCUCUUCUGGAAGGUUCUCGACAGUUCCUCUCCACCGCUGAAGACACCAGUGCGCCGCGCCAGGCCUUCACUCCUUUCUCGGCCACAUUAGCUGCCAGUGUCAGAGAGCUGAACCGCGGCUUGCUGCUAGCGCUCGUAGCGGAGUCCUCCUGUCAGACCCUCACACAGGUCUUAAAGUGCCUUGCACACCUGGUGUCCAACGUGCCCUAUAACCGGCUCAGACCGGGCCUGCUGAGCCCACUGUGGAAACAGAUCCGGCCGUAUAUACGCCACAGAGAUGUGAAUGUCCGCGUGUCCUGUCUCACUCUCUUCGGUGCAUUGGUCUCAACACAAGCCCCCCUCCCUGAGAUCCAGCUCCUCCUCCAGCAGCCCGGAUCCACAUCGGCCUUCAACAGCCCCGGCGUCAGGACCCCGCAGGAGCUCUCUCACAACUGGAGACGUCCCGGUACCUCGUCUCCUGGAGGAGGGGUUGAGGGGGGUCCGGAGGGGCCGUGCUGGCUGUUACAGCUGUGCGUGAGUCUGGUCACGCAGCCUCGUGAGGAACCGUACUCUGAUAGUGACGCGGGGGGGUCUAGCGGAGCAUCGCUGGAACCUUCACCUGUUCGACUUGAAGCCCUGCAGGUUUUGGCUCAUCUGGUUAAGGGUUACUUCUCAUUGGCUCAAACGUCUCUGUUGGAGUUGGGACGACUCAGUGCCCGCUGUCUCGCAGAGCAAGAGCCAUCUGUGCAACUUCAUGGCGCUAAACUUCUGGAAGAACUGGGAACAGGCAUUAUCCAGCAGUACAGAGCUGAUGCCAACACUCCACAAAGUGCCAAACUUGUGCCUGUAUGCCAGGUGGUUCAGUUCUGGUCGGAAGUCUUGAGUGGUCCACUGAUCAGUGCCUUACAGAACGAGCAGCAUCCCACCCUACAGACCAGUGCGUGUGACACCAUCUCCUCCAUCUUGCCACAGGCUUUCAGCCAGCUGCCCGAUAAGACACAAGUGCUGUGUAUCACGUUACUGCUGGGACUGACGUACAGCGAGAACUCUCUGGUGAAGUCGGCAGCGGUGAGAGCUCUAGGUGUCUACAUCCUGUUUCCCUGCCUGAGAGAGGAUGUGAUGUUUGUGGCAGACACGGCUAAUGCCAUCCUCACCGCUCUGGAUGACCGCUCGCCUAACGUCCGUGCCAAGGCGGCCUGGUCUCUCGGCAACCUCACCGACACGCUCAUUGUCAACAUGCAGUCAGUGGGACUGGAGUUUCAGGAGGAGUUCUCUGAUAUGCUGCUGCUGAACAUGUUGAGAUCUGCCACUAAAGCUUCAGGAGAUAAAGACAGGGUAAAGAGCAAUGCUGUCCGUGCGCUCGGGAAUCUGCUUCACUUCCUGCAGCCGGUGCACCUGGGAAAGCCUGUGUUUGAGCAGCCUCUGCAGGAGGCCAUGACGGCACUGAUCGAGACGGUUAGAGGAGAUGCUACCAUGAAAGUGCGCUGGAACGCCUGCUACGCACUGGGCAAUACCUUCAGAAACCGCAGCCUGCCUCUAGGUUCUGCUGUCUGGUCUAAGGAAGCUUACUCUGCCCUUUCCUACGUCGUCACUUCCUGCAAGAACUUCAAAGUACGCAUCAAAUCCGCCGCUGCACUUUCUGUUCCCUCGACGCGAGAUUGCUACGGUGAUGUUCACCAGUUUGCCGAGGUGUGGCAAGCUUUGGCUCAGGCCCUCGAACACAGUGAAGAUACGGAAGACUUCCUGGAGUAUCGAUACUGUGCUAGUUUACGCUCGCAGCUCUGCCGUGCUCUCCUGCACCUCCUGUCCGUAUGCCAGCCUGAGGACCUUCCAGCGCUGAGGUCAUCACUGAGUGACCAAUCCAGGCCAGUGCUACAGGACUUCCUGGUUCGUUACCUUGGCGAUAAGGACGUGGCUUUGGUUGACGGUCCUGCAGGGGAGGAGGCAGUGGAUCACGCUGCGCCUGAAGAUGGGUUGAUGGUGCUCAACGAGACACUGACCAGGCUGAAGGGACCGCUAGAAGAGACUGUGUUGGACCGCAGUGAGGAUCUGAAGACUGUGGUGAGUUUCCUUGAGGAUGUAGUGAGGAACUUUGAGGAAAUAAAAGAAUCGGACAGCAACGAUUCCUCCCUUCAGCUCAGCAAAUCACCAAAGUGAAAGUAAAAAAGCACCGAUGAAGCCAUACGGAUUGACUGUCUGACGUUAUAACCACCUUUAUAUUUUAUUCAAAAUGUAUAUUUUAACAUAUAUUAUCAAA